GUCCAUUUUUGAACACUUGCCCCUUGCGUCCACUUCGCUCCUCCCCUUCCACAGUUGGAGGCGUUGCCAUUGGAGGGCGGCGACCAGUGUUGGCGGACCGAUCCCUUCGCUACUAUGCACCUCCACGCCACCGCCUGGUAGCCUCCUCCGGCCCUCGGCGAGAUGCCGUUGGGAUCCGCCGCCCAUGGACCGGAAGGCUAACCUUCCGCCGCCUCCGGCUUCGAUCUACCCGACCCGGCCCAUUGCUGGCGACGCUAACCUCACCUCCUCUUCUUCUUCUUCUUCCUCCUCCUCUUUCUCUCCCCCCGACUUCCUUCGCCAAGCCCAUGCUGUGUUCAAGCGCCACAGACCUCUCGGUGGUAUGCAGUCUAACAUGCGUCGGGCGACUCGUGUCUUGGUUCCUCAAACUGAGUCAUCGAAGAACGUUACUUCAAUGUCUUCUGUAACUGCGACUGUGGCUGGAAAGGUUGUGCCGCUAUCUGGAGCGGUUGUUGGAGCCAGGAGAGUGGCAAGAGAUCAGGGAGAAAAAGAUGCAGGUGUAAUGGCUGGUCCGGCUGAUGAUGCCUCGCUCACGCCUCCUUCUGUUACUGGGACUUCAACUAAUGCUGGGAAUGAUAAAGCGAGCCCUUUUGGCUUGCAGAAUGGUGAUUCUGACUUGCUGUCUGAUGGAGAAAAGUCAUCUUUGGCAGCAGUUUCGUCAUCUCAAGUGGCAUCUUCACAUGCAUUAACAAACAAUGAUACGAAGAAGGAAAAUUUAGCUUUUCAGAAGAUGGAGUACUUGGGAACUCAGGUGGGCACAAAUGAUCAGGAUUUAAAGGUGCAGGAUCAUGGGAACAUGGAAGUGUUUGGGACUGACAUGAAGUUUGGAGGCUCCAGCUUGUUAGAGAAUACUAAAGAUCCAAAGCAUAAUCAGUGUUAUGUGGAACCAAUGACCCGAUGUUCAGCUGUGGGCUCUUCAUGUGUCACCACAUUGUCGGUUCACACAGGUCCAACGAUUCAGUCCAUGCACGCUCAGCCUGCUGGGCAAACUGCCUUUCCAACUCAAGUGUCUUCAUCUGCAGGAGAGUUGCCAUCAGUUGCCAAGGAUCAUACUCCUCCAGAAGAACAAGGGGUUGUCAAGAAUGGCUGUGAUUGGCAUCUUGAUCAUCAACAGAAUCUUCAUUUGGCUGAAAAUGUCAAGGAUAAGGGGGCUUGUGGUGAUGCCAUUUGUUUGCCAUCUCAAGUUCUGCCAACAAGUAACCCCCCAUCUUCAAAUAUCGAUGUUGGGCCUUCUCAGUCGAACAAAGUUGAGAAGUCUCUUCGUAAAAAGAAGUAUGAUCCAAAUGUUUUCUUCAAGGUUAAUGGGAAGCUUUAUCAAAAGCUUGGUAAGAUAGGAAGUGGAGGAAGUAGUGAAGUUCACAAAGUGAUAUCAUCAGAUUGUACUAUACAUGCCCUGAAGAAGAUAAAGCUUAAAGGACGUGACUAUCCCACUGCCUAUGGAUUUUGUCAAGAAAUCGAAUAUUUGAAGAAGUUAAAGGGAAAGAGCAACAUCAUUCAACUUAUUGAUUAUGAGGUAACAGAUAAAACUUUGUUUCAAGAAGUUGUGAAUGGUUCUAUGAAUAUAAAGGAGAAAAGGAUCAAGGAUGAUGAGUGCAUCUACAUGGUGCUCGAGUAUGGAGAAAUAGAUCUAGCUCACAUGCUUGCACAGAAGUGGAAGGAGAUGAGUGCUUCAGGUUGGAAAAUAGAUGAGAAUUGGCUACGAUUUUACUGGCAGCAAAUGCUUGAAGCUGUUAGUACCAUACAUGAGGAGCGUAUCGUGCACUCUGACCUGAAGCCUGCCAACUUUCUACUGGUCAGGGGAUCACUUAAACUUAUUGACUUUGGCAUUGCCAAAGCUAUAAUGAGCGAUACAACAAACAUACAGCGAGAUGCACAGGUUGGAACACUGAACUACAUGUCCCCAGAAGCUUUCAUGUGCAAUGAGCCUGAUGAAAAUGGAAACAUCAUAAAAUGUGGUCGCCCAUCUGACAUCUGGUCUCUUGGCUGCAUUCUCUACCAGAUGGUCUAUGGCAAGACACCGUUUGCAGAAUACAAGACAUUCUGGGCCAAGUUCAAGGUUGUUACAGACAGGAACCACGAGAUCACGUAUGAGCCGGUCUCCAAUCCUUGGCUUGUUGAUAUCAUGCGGAGAUGUCUAGCAUGGGACCGCAAUGAAAGAUGGCGGAUACCUCAGCUGCUUCAGCACCCAUUUCUUGUUCCUAGACUGCCCCGAGAGCUGCCGCCUUGUGAUGAUCGUCACCCUUGUAAGUUACUUAUGGAGAGGGUCGGUGCCUACUGGAGUGAUCCUCAAGUGUCAAGGCUAUGUUCUGAGCUGCACGAGGUUAUCGCCAAGCUCGAGAAAGUACAAAAGAGUCCAACUGUAUCUAUGGAACCAAAUGUUUUUUGAUGUGUAUAUUGAUUGUAUGCUAGUGAAGUCAUGUUCAGGCAUUGCAUUUUGCUUUUCUUUU